AUGGCCUCGCGUGAGCCCUCCGCUACUCGCGCUGCUCAACGCGCUGCUGCUGGCGCUCGUGGUGGUCGAGCCCCCAUCCCUCCCCCAUGUGCGCAUUCUGCCCCCAUUUCUCCCCCAUGUGCGCAUUCCGGCCCAUCCCUUCCCCAUGGUGCGCCUUCCGCCCAUGCCUUCCCCAUGUGCGCAUUCCGCCCCCAUCCCUUCCCCAUGUGCGCAUUCCGCCCCCAUCCCUUCCCCAUGUGCUCAUUCCGCCCCCAUCCCUUCCCCGUGUGCGCAUUCCGCCCCCAUCCCUUCCUCAUGUGCGCAUUCCGCCCCCAUCCCUUCCCCUUGUGCGCAUCCGCCCCCAUCCCUUCCCCAUGUGCGCAUUCCGCCCCCAUCCCUUCCCCAUGUGCGCAUUCCGCCCCCAUCCCUUCCCCAUGUGCGCAUUCCGCCCCCAUCCCUUCCCCAUGUGCGCAUUCCGCCCCCAUCCCUUCCCCAUGUGCUCAUUCCGCCCCCAUCCCUUCCCCGUGUGCGCAUUCCGCCCCCAUCCCUUCCUCAUGUGCGCAUUCCGCCCCCAUCCCUUCCCCUUGUGCGCAUUCCGCCCCCAUCCCUUCCCCAUGUGCGCAUUCCGCCCCCAUCCCUUCCCCAUGUGCGCAUUCCGCCCCCAUCCUUUCCCCAUGUGCGCAUACAAGGUCCAACUUGGGGCCCAUGCGCGCCUUCAUCCCCAUGCCACACAUCCCGCCCCCAUGCACGAGUCAAAUACCAAAAUCCAUAUCUACUCCCUUCUGUCUCAUCUGUACUAACCUGUCAUGUCACCCCUUUUCCCCCCGCCUCUUCCAACCCGCUCCUAUUCCGCGCCCCUCCUCUGCGCCCCUCCCCCGCGCCCGUCCUCCGCGCCCGUCCUCCGGGCCCCUUCUUCCGCGUCUAUCUCGUCUCCUCGUGCCGCAUUCCAUUGGCAGUAGCGCCACACGAGCACCGUCACACGCUGCAGACCGUCCAUCCAAUGCCGCCCAUGCUCCAUCCAAUGCUGCCCAUGCUCCAUCCUAUGCCGCCCAUGCUCCAUCCAAUGCCGCCCUGGAGCAGGACAUUUGCUGGUCAUCAGAACCCGUUGUUACCAGCAGCAUACGACCACAAGCAGCAACAGGAGAAGCAGCAGCAGCAGCAACAACAGGUGGGGUGGUGGUGGACGGGAGGGGUUGCAGCCGCUGCGUGCGGGGCGAGCAGUGCAGCUUUCACGUGUGGGUGCGCCCGCCUGCUCGCUGGGUGCUGCCCCCUGUGGCUCCUGCGAGCAGUGAACAGGAGAACGGCGCAGAAGGGGGGAAUAAAGGAGAGGGGGAGAGCAGCAGCGGCAGCAGCAUGGAGCCCAGCUGGUGGAAGAAGGACGUGACGCUGUCUCUGCUGGGGACUGCCCUGGGCCACGGGGAGGUGCAGUGCCUCGACCCCCCUGCCUGUUCGCACCUCCGCAUCUCCUACCGCCUGUGGGAUGCGGGGACAUACAGUGCAACACUCCACGUGGGUUGCGCCAAUCUCAACUUCUCACCGGCCUUUGCCGCCCAUUUCAACUCCACCUACCGCCAUGACCUUGCCACGUGGAGCCUCUCCAUUGGCUGGCCAGAAUCAGUUUCCCAGAAGGUUCCUGGCUCUGCAGGUGCUCCUGCAAAAGCUGUUGAUGCUGCUGCAGGUGAUUCUGACGAAUCUGCUGUUAGUGGCGCUGAUGAUGCUGGUGAUAGUGGUGAUGCUGCUUAUUCCAGACCUGCAGAUGCUUCUGAUUCGGGGGCUGCAGCUGUUGCUGAUGUUGAUGAUGGUGGUGACAGUGCUGCCAGGUCAUCAUCAGAAGAUAGGGUCCUUCUGGAUGACGUGGCAGCUGGUGAUGAGGCACUUGGAGAAGGCGAUACCACCUCCCCAGAUACCGCCUUCCCAAAUGCCACCCCCCCAGAUGCUGCCUCUCCCAGCAAGCUACCCUCUCCCUGUGCACUCUCCUCCAUCCCCGGUCGGUGGACCAAGGCACGCAGUGGCAAGUACAUCUGGGCCUUCUUCCCCUGCGCGCCAGCCGAAACGCCUCCCAGCCGUUGGAUCGAGCAGCUGGCCAGCAGGGAUAUCCGCGAGAUCAACAUAGUAGGCGAUUCCCACCAGCGAGUGCUGGCGCUGCACCUGCACUGGCUGCUAUCGGGGGAGGCAGACAAGCGGAUUCGCAAGGGGCAUUCAGACUUCAGCAAGGAGUCGCGGAAUGAGAGGAACGAGACGAUGAGGAUCAACUUUUACUGGGUGGAUGGGAUUUACCGGAAUGAUGAGUUUGGAUGCAGUCACCGGGGGAUCUACACCAAUCGCAACACCACAUUCCCAACCAACAUAUCCACCACAGCUGACGUCACCCUUCUAGAAGCAGGCUACUGGGUGAACAAGUGGUGCACAGAGCCAGUUCAAGCCAUGCGAGCCCACCUCCCAGAGUACCUCAAUUGGGGAUUGCAGUUUGCCGCCCAAACGGGGAAGCCAAUAGUGUUGCGCACGGCGCCUCCAGUGCCUAACGGGGGGGAUCAUUGUUUCGUGGGGUCGUAUCCCGGGCCGGCUACGAACCUGGCACUCAUGGAGAUCAAUCGGUUGAUGCGUCAACUUACAGCGGGUGGGAAGGUGUAUGGUGGUGGUGCUAAUGGGUUAGCGGCAGGCGUCAACGGUGCCAGUGUUUGA